UUCUAGCGAUACAUUCAGAAUAUCCAGAAUUUCAGAUAAUAUGAGUCAUGAACUCAUGAACCAUCCCAAUAUCACAACUAAUUGAAUUCACAUCAUAAACUAAAAAUUUAAUUCUCAUUGUUUAUUAAAUUUAGUAUUUUGUUAUGUUUGCAUACUUAUUUUUUACUGUUAUUAGUAUCUAAUGUUAUUGGGUAGUUCCUGGUACCUGCAGUAGUAUUCGUUUUUAAAUCGAGCUUAUUAGCUAAUUACUAAUAUUUGUAUAGUUUAAAAGGUAUUUCCAUCAAGCAAAAUGAACCGUAUAUUCGGGAAAUCGAAAGAAAAGGCGCCUCCUCCAGAUAUGACUGCCGUCAUAAAAGGGGUAGACGAUCGUGCUGAAUCGGUUGAACAAAAAAUCAAUAGACUUGACAGGGAGUUAAAAAAACUGAAAGAUCAAAUGGCCAAAAUGAGAGAAGGCCCAGCUAAAAAUUCAUUGAAACAAAAAGCAUUAAGAGUCUUGAAACAAAGGAAACAAUAUGAAAGUCAGGCUGAAAACUUAAGAAAUCAAUCUUUCAAUAUGGAACAAGCUUCUUAUGCAGUUCAGUCAUUGAAAGAUACCCAAUCAACAGUAGUUGCGAUGAAAACCGGCAUGAAACAAAUGAAAAAAGAAUUUAAGAACAUUAAUAUAGAUGAUAUUGAGGAUCUUCAGGAUGAAAUGGCUGAUAUGCUAGAUCAAUCAAAUGAAGUGCAAGAAGCAUUAGGACGGACGUAUGGAGUACCAGAUAUUGAUGAAGAUGAACUAAAUGCAGAGCUUGAAGCAAUUGGUGAUGAAUUAGCUUUAGAUGAUGAUACUUCUUAUUUAGAUCAAGUGAAUGUCCCAGACAAAGAACCUGGACAAAAAGACAAAGAACCUAGUAAACCUGGUGAAAUUUCUGUAGAUGAAUUUGGUUUACCAAAAAUACCAGCACAAAUUUAAAAGAGAAAAUGAAAAUUAUAUUAAUUUUAAUUUUACCAUUAUUUUUUUAAGAAUUAAAUAAGUAUUAAAUUACCAUCUACUAUAUUAUAUUAUAUAUUAAUUAAAUAUGUUAUUACAAAUUAAAAAUAAUUGUUUAAGGAAAGUUUUUCUUCAUAGGUACAUAAUUUUUUAUUUAUAAAUAAAAAUGUAUUUGAUUUUUUUAAUACCAUUUACAGUAAUCUUAAGAUUAGUAAUGAGAUAAAAUUGAAUUCAAAAUUAAAAGCUCAAUUCAUGGUUUGUUUCAAUAAUAGUUACUAAAAUUUUAAAAUAUCAUCAUUAAUUUUCUUUAGAUGUUGUAUAACUAAUAUUGAAGUUUUAAUUAAUUUUAAAAUCAAAUAUAUUUUUGUACAAGUUCAUUUUAAUAAAAACUGAUUUUAUACUAUCAAUUACACAUAACUAGUCUUAAGAGUAACAUAUUCAUUAUUCAUAAAUCAUAAGCUUAUGAAUUUCAGUGUUUAUUUUUUCUCUAGAUUGGCAUAAAAUAAUAUAAAAUUUCUCAUUACAAUUAAGUAAAAAAAAUUGUCUAUAGUUAAAUAAUGUGAAAUGCUUAAAAUACAAUUUUGAAUUUUUUCAACAAUUAUGCAAAAUCUAAACUAAGUCUGAUUAUAAUUUUUUAUUUAUUGAUUGAUACUUUCCUGGACAUGUAAAUUGUGAAAUUUUAUAUAAUAUACCUAAUUGAUAAAUAUAAUUAUAUUUUAAAUUUCAACCAACUGUAAUAAUAGUUUAAUUAAUAUUAUAUACAACUCUACAAGUACUUAAGAGGACACCAUUCCCACGUGUGUUAUUUUUGUUUUAUAUACAUACAACUCAGCAAAUUUGCAUUCAGUAGAACAUAUUAAUUUGUUUGCUUCAAUAUUAAAAGAUAAUACGUAAAUUCUCUCUGAAGUAAUAUUUCGUAUGUUAUAUGUAUGUAAAACUGAGACAACAUACGCAGGUAUGAUGUUCCGUUUAUUUACAUAUUAUGCAAGUAAAUGAUAAAAAAUAAAAAUAAAUUCUAUCACAAA